AUGGGACCAGAAGAAAACAAAACAAGCCCAAAAGGAGGAUCAAACUGUUUUAAGCUUAGCCCCACUACUUUCUUCUUUAUCUGUUGCUUUGUUCCAAUCAAUUGUUUUUCUCUAAAGGGUUGCCGAAUCAGCCACAAUGCAGCCAUAUGUGUGAUGACUAACUCAACACUCAAAACUGUUCCUCAGGAUAUUCCCCCAACAGUGACAGGCCUUGAUUUAUCUAAAAAUCACUUGAUCAGCAUAGAACCAUCAGAUUUCCCAAAACUACCACAUCUGAAAUGGUUAACCCUUAAAGAAAACCACAUUACACACAUAGGCAGCUUUGCUUUUGCCAGUUUGAUUUCCUUGCAGAAAUUAACUCUUAAUAGUAACAAACUUGUUAAGCUGGUCCAGAAUGUAUUUGGUGGUUUGGGCAACCUCACUGAAUUGAGACUUAACACAAAUUCCAUUGAAAAAGUAUCAUGCACCUCCUUUCAGUCCUUGCUACCACAGCUACAGGAGCUGGCAGUAAAAGGCAACAGAUUCACAAGUUUUCAAUCACAGGAACUAACAAACCACUCACUGAAACUUCAUGUCCUGAACCUGUUUUCUAAUCCUUUCAAAGACUUUAGAAUAACUGGAGAUAUAUUCCCAAAUCUGACACACUUUACCAUUGGUGACCCUUUCAGUUCCUUGAAAAUGAAAUGGGAUGUGAGUAACAAGACUUUCCUAAGUGGAGUGUCCAGUCUAGAUAUUAGUAGCCUUUACAUGGCUAUUGAUGACAAAAAAGACUUACUUGAAGCAGUGAACUCAUCACUUACUUAUCUAUCACUGAACAGAAUGAAAAGAAUGAAGUAUACUAUCAGUACACUCAUUAACAUUUCAUGCACCAUUCCAACCAUGUCCUAUUUGCAGGUUCGACAAAACAGACUUCGAAACAUCUAUUCGAGUAUGUUUAAAUUGUGUGUUUAUGUGACUAAAUUGGAUUUAGCAGAUAAUAGUCUAGAAAUUAUCCCAGACAAUGCUUUCACACCAAUGAGAAGUUUAAAAAUUUUGACUCUGAGUAAAAACAGAUUCAUCUCAGUUCCAUCUGCAAUAAGAAAUCUGCCUAAUCUUUCUAAGCUAGAUCUCAAUACCAACAAAAUCACUGCAGUUAAAUGUCAAGACUUCUCCAAAAUGACAAAGCUCAUUGAGCUUAAUUUGUAUAACAACUCAAUCCAAGAUCUAAAACCCUGUGUGUUCGAGGAUUUAGUAGAACUUCAAAUUCUGAGAUUACAAUGCAAUAUGAUAAAUAAAAUAAAUGGAUCAUUUGAAAACCAUCUACCAAACCUUAAGCAACUGCGACUGAAUGGAAACAGACUGACUGAAAUAAAGAAAGAUGAAUUUAAAGGCAUGCAUUCCCUACUAAACCUAUCAUUACAUGAAAAUAAAAUUAAAAAAAUUCAUGCAGGCAGUUUUGUUGGACUAACAAAUCUUACUGAUAUUCACCUACAGUCAAAUUGCAUCACAAGACAGGCACUGAUAAUGACUUUCAAUGCAUUAGUUAAUCUAAGAAGUUUGGAUUUAAGCCAUAAUCACAUAAAAUAUACUGACAGCAGAGCUUUACAUAAACCACCAUUUUCUAAUCUGUCCCAUCUGGAGGAGCUGUUAUUUCCUGCACAGCACUACAGGGGAAAGUCUUCUCUGCCUUUCAACUUCCUGGAAGGAUUAACAAAUUUGUUGCGUUUCAGUGUCAGAAACAGUCAGCUUAUCUACCUGGACAAAAACAUGUUUAAGUACACGCCUAAGCUGGAAGAACUUGAUAUUAGCUCAAAUGACUUUAGCACUCUGUCUCCUCAACUGUUUUCCUCAAUUCAGAACCUUAAAAGCCUCUAUAUAUCCAGAACAGCUCUUCAGUCAUUAGAUUUCCUCAUAGAUGCCAACCUGACCAAGCUGGAGUUUUUGCAGGCAAGACGCAACCAGUUCUCGGUUAUCACUGAAGCCAUGAUAAAGUCCCUACCAUCUCUGGAUUAUCUGGACUUUACAUUUAACAGUUUUUUCUGUGACUGUGAUAAUGCUUGGUUCCUCAACUGGACAAUAUCCAGCACACAAACCCAGGUUUUUGAUGCAUAUAACUUUGUAUGCAACUAUCCAGAUGACUUCAGUGGUGGAAAGCUUAUGGACUUUGAUCUAACAUCAUGUGUGCUGGAUAUUGGCUUCAUCUGCUUUGUGUCCACAACAUGCAUAAUUGUCUUUUGUAUUGUCACAUCCUUCACCUACCACUUCAUGAGGUGGCAGCUCUAUUCUGCCUAUUACCUCUUCUUGGCUUGGCUUGUAGAAAAAAAACAUCAAAACAAGAAAGCUCCUCAUCAAUAUGAUGCUUUUAUCUCCUACAAUGCUCAUGAUGAGCCCUGGGUGAUUGAAGAGCUCUUACCAAAACUGGAAGGAGAGCAGGGCUGGAGGUUGUGUCUGCACCAUCGAGACUUUGAACCAGGUAAGACCAUCUUUACUGUAGUUGUCUGA